AUGGCUAUCAAAUCCCCAAAGAUCCCAUUUUUGGUCGUCAGCCAACACCCCAGGCCACUUCUCGUCUGCCGUUGCUUCUCUCUGGCCGCCACCUCUUACGGCGGUGGCUGGUCUGAUUCCAGCGAGAGCAUACUAACGGGGUGGGCCUCCGGCGAUGGCGAAGAAAGACGGGUAUGGUGUCUGGAGAAGGCCAGAUCUAUGCCGGCAAGGUGGUCGUCGGCUAUGGCGGUCGGCGGUGGACGGCAGCCGGCGGCGCAGAGGACCUGGUGUUGCUGUUUUGGCCGGGUGGAUGUAGUGCGCGUGUGUGUGCGAAUGUGA